UCGAGUAAUAAUAAUAAAAAUAAAAAAAAAGAGUGAAGUGCACUAAAGAAGGAAUAAAGCGAGAGGAGAAGAUGGUCGACAUCGUCCCAAAACACCUUCUUGUCUCUUUUGCUCUCUGUGUCUUUAUUCUUCUCAUUCUUCCAGUGGCCUUUUCAAAUAAUAAUGAUGCGGAAGAAGCAGAACCCGUAUCCUACCACGGAGGACCCUUAUUGGGUGGGUUCUUGAGAGUUGGCAUAGCCUGGUACGGUCCAAUUCCAAGGGUCGAAAGGAGAGCCAUUUUGUCGUUCUUCAGGUCCCUCAACACCAUCACCCCCACCGCCGAGAACAUACCCCAGGUGGCCACAUGGUGGAACAAGGUGGAGAGUUAUCAAGAAUCAGUACCAGGUGCAGUAGGUGCUCCCAAGAUCACGGUGAAGGUGGUAAACCAAGCCUUCCUGCAAGACUUCCCCUACGGAAAAGUCCUGAUCAAAGAUUUCAUCAAGGCCAUGAUCCCCACGGCAACCGCCGGAGUUCCAAACACCCUGACUCUCGUCGUAGCCUCCAAGGGCGUGACGGUGGCGGAGAUGUGUGCAGGAUCAUGCGCCCAGCACGGUGAGAUCGAUAAUCAAACUUAUGUUGCCGUGGGAAACCCGGUGGAGGAGUGCCCUGAAUGUGCAUGGCCAUUCGUCAUGAGCAAUGGAAAAGAAGGGCAAGUGAUGAUGCCACCAAGCGGAGAUCCCGGAGCAGAUGUGAUGGUGAAGUUGUUGGCCGGAGGGUUGGCCGGAGCAGUCACAAAUCCUAUGGGUGACGCCUUUUACUCAAGUGCACGAGGAAACCGUUUCUACGAAGCCACAAGCAAGUGCCCUGAUAUUUUUACCUCCGGCCCAAUACCCGUCGACCCCGUAUCCGGUGCUGCCUACAACGCUAUCGGCGAUAAGGGCACCAAGUUUUUGCUCCCUGCCAUUUGGGACCUCAAAACCAAUUCCUGUUGGACUCUUCUCUAGAUUCUUUUACUAUUUUAUUAACUUUCUAUUACUAUCAUAUCUCUCUCAGUAAUUUUUUUCACUGUAGAGAGAGUAUUUUUUUUGGAAGAUGAUAGUUUAACAAAAAAAUUUGACAAACUUUUUGACAA